GCUACCUCAGCGUCCUGGUUAACCAGUGCUGGAAGGAGCGCUGGUGUCGCCUGAAAGGCAACACCCUCUACUUCCACAAGGACCGCACUGACUUGAGGACCCACGUCAAUGCCAUCGUCCUCCGGGGCUGUGAGGUGGUCCCAGGGUUGGGCCCCAAACACCCCUUUGCCUUCCGCAUCCUUCGCAAUGGGCAGGAGGUGGCUGCGCUGGAGGCAAGCUGCUCUGAAGACCUGGGCCGCUGGCUGGGUCUCCUCUUGGUGGAGACGGGCUCGCAGACGGCACCGGAGGCCUUGCACUAUGACUAUGUGGAUGUGGAGACGAUUGCCAACAUCGUGACGGCUGUGAGGCACUCCUACCUGUGGGCCAGCUCCUCCCAGGACCACCGGCCAGACUCUUCCCGCGUGGUGUAUGAUGACGUUCCCUACGAGAAGGUUCAGGCUGAGGAGGAGCCGGGGCGACCGGCGGGAGCCCAGGUGAAGCGCCAUGCCUCCUCCUGCAGCGAGAAGUCGCGGCGUGUGGACCCACAAGUCAAAGUGAAGAGGCACGCAUCAAAUGCCAACCAGUACAGGUACGGGAAGAACCGGGCUGAGGAGGAUGCCAGGCGGUUUCUGACAGAGAAAGAGAAGCUGGAAAAAGAGAAAGCAUCAAUCCGCAGUGAGCUGGUGUUGCUGCGGAAAGAGAAGCGAGAGUUGCGGGAAGCCAUGAAGGGCAGCACAGGGAUGAAGCUGCAGGACCUGGAGCAGCGGGUGGUGGUGCUGGAGGAGCAGUGCCGGCAGAAGGAGGAGCGCCGCGUGGACCUGGAGCUCAAGCUGACUGAAGUGAAGGAGCGGCUGAAGCAGUCGCUGGCGGGAGGGCCGGCCCUGGGGCUGGCUGUGACCAACAAGGCUGAGAAUGGGGAAGCUAUAAACAAGCCAAAUGGGAGCCCCCCUGAGCACUUGGUCCCCGUUAACUGUGCAGCUGAACUGAGGAAAAGAAGUCCCUCCAUCCUCCCUGCCAACACGGGAAACGUGCUGCGGAAGGCCAAGGAAUGGGAAAAGAAGCAAACUUAA